GUGAAACGAAAGAAAUAGUAAACAACUGUGUUCAUGUAUUUUAAUGGCGAUAUACAAUUUACAAAUAUUGGUUUAGAAAUAUGGAAAAAGAAGUUUCAAUCCUGGAAGGGAAAGAUGCAUCGGAAGAUGUUAGAAAAUCCAGUUACCAGGCAGUGAAUAGCUAUUUCCAACAGCAUGGGAACAUUAUGGAUGUAGACAAAGCAGUGGUCAGUAGAUUAGUUACCUUGGCAUCAGAAGAGAUAAUUACAAGCAAGAACAGCGACAUUGUGAACGAAGCUCUACAGGCUAUCAUCUGUUGUUUGAACCUGGAUGCAAUGGUUCUAAAACUGUCCAUUGAUGACUGCAACUUGGUCGUUAAACGACUCUGUAUAUGUAUUCACCAGACGACAGAGAAGACCUGCUGUCAUCGGGCGCUGUUUGCCUUGGUGUCACAAAAACUAGCUGACACUUUCAUUCGAGACAAGUGCGAUGAGAUUCUCUGUGCGGUGGAGUUUGCCUUUGAGAAAUGGCACGGCCAGUCCCUUACUGUGGAAAAUGAAAGUAUCAAUGUAAUCAGAAGGCUUCUUCAACAAGCCCCCCAGUGGAUGGACGAGGAGUGUGUGAGGUGGGGUCGUGUCAUCGUGACGAUGGUGGGUCACAAGGUGAUCAAGCUGCGUGAAAAUGCGCUGGCCAUCACGGUGGCUUCCCUGGAGACCCUGCAGAAACGACAGAAGGACUUGCACGCGUGUCUGAAACCAGCCCUUAAACAGACCAUCAUACCCGACCUUAAGGCCCUGAUGAAUGAUUCACAGCAGGUGUACGCGCUCAAGACGUGGGGUAUUCUGGUACAGAUGUUUGGAAAGGAGCUCCACUCGUCUAGCAACCUGAAUAUGGUCCUACCCGUGGUGGAGAUGGGACUGCGUUGUGUCGGCACCAUCGAGCCGAGGAUGGCCGCUCUGCAGGCUUGGCAGCAGCUCAUUGACAACUUCAGCCUCAAUCCUAAUUUCCUUCAAGACCCCAAGAUGGUGAAGCUGGUGAUGCAAGCUCUCAGGUUUAACAACGCUAAGAAUGAAUGUCUGGCCCUGGAGAAGGUGAAAGUCUGGUGGCAUUACAUCUGGCUGCUCGACAACAAACUCUCUGCAAACUUUGAUUUGGUUUGUGUACCACUACUGCAGUUCUGUGUCUAUGGAGGCAGUUCUGGUCAGAAAGCACUCACCGCAACUCCAAAAAUGCUGCCCAACCCGUCGAGCCCGGCAACUCCUCACCUCACGCUGCUGAGUCCAGCCGGCGCAUCACAGAACUUCACUUUCCCGACGACACAGCUGUUGGGCUGCGAGGCUCUGGCACACUUUCUUGGCGUACCAUGCAGCGGCUGGAAGGACCUCCACUACCAGCUAGAUUGCCUGCGCCAGGAGGUGGUGACAGGGCCAACAUUCUUCAUCAAGCAGUCUACACUGUUCAUUACCACGGCAACUGACCUGUUUUCUAGCCUCGGCUCCACAAUUCCAGAGUGGCUGGUGUUGCACAUAUGGGAGCGGCUCGUGGGCCACAUGAGGUCGGCCAUUGACAGCUCGGUGAAACUUGACAUACGAGACGCUCUGAGCACCUUGCUGUUGAGGUUCCAGGUUGUCGUGCUGUCGAGACAUUUCAGCCUCGAUGUGGUCUUGAAAAUGUUUAAAGAGCUGUGUUCGUUGCCCAAGAAAGUGCUUGGAUCCACUGCAUACAGCGUAGGCACAGGAGAGAUGGUGAAUGGCACGCCAGCCUUAUUCUUGCUCAGCCUGCUUCUGACGCCAAAUCUGCUAGAAUCGAGCCAAGAGGCUGAGGUCUAUCACAGCGUGUUUAGUGCUCUGGUCUCGAGUCGCUCCGGACACUCGACUACCACACUAGAAUUUCUUCAGUCAGUGCUCGAGUUAUUGAGUUCGAACUUUGAGUGUCUUGAGAACAAGGAGACUGCAUGGCGGCUGUGGAGCACAGUUGUGCAGGUGUUGAUGGAGAAUAUCACACAGACCAAUGAAGUCAACCAGGGGGAUGCUCUGGAGAGUAAUUUCUCUUGCUGUGUGCAAAGCCUUACGUUUCCUGCCAAGCUGAACCUGUCAGUCAUGCCUGCUACCUCGGUGAAGGCAAUGCUAAAGACAUGGUCAGACCUUUACUCGACUGUCAAUCGAUUGGCUGCCUUGGUGCCCAGCGCAGGGGCUAAUUGUGUGUGCGAGGAAGUGGCAUGUUCCCUACUUGACAUUGCCAAGAGAGAGAAUUCACUAUCGGAUAGUAACCAGGUGGACAUGUUGGUGCAGAUGUGCCAAUCGAUGGUUUCUGGCUUUGACUUCCCAUCUCUGGGGAACCAGUCAACUUUCAACAUCUCUGCAAGCCCAGUCAAGCGCACACCAAAGAAGAAGCAACAAUCAGUGCUAGAGAACAUCCACUCUGUUGUACACCUGCUUGCUUUGCUACAAACACAGGUCCUGAAACUUGUCAGUGAGACAGAACAUGGCAAGAAAGCGUCUGGUACCGGACUUCAGAACUCUCUUAAUGUCCUGGUUGACACCUUCUGCUUAUUGUUCAGCCAUGUGACAUCCUCCAAUGUCAUCUUCAAUCUGAUUGGUCAACUGGCUCAGCCAAUCGGAGAGCUGCUUUCUGAUGCCUCCAAGAAAACUUCAGUGAAAGUGUUCAACAACUCUUUUCAGCAGAAGCUGGAAACAUUGUGGCAAGACCUGACUACGGCCAUCCAGAGCCGCUACACUGGGCUGAUUGAUGACGAGCUACUCCAGAAGGUGUCUCCCCUUCUGGAAGCCACGUUUCUGCACAGCAGACGGCAAAUCAAGAAUCUCACGAUGUCACUGUGGACCUCGACAUUUGCUAAGGCGUCAUCUUCCUUGCAUUAUCCUGAAUCAUUGAGGCCAGUCCUCAUAAAAGUAAAGGCGAAAACCUCAGUGAAGCUGCCAGGAUUUUUGGGCGCAGAAACUGUUGUUGUUGAGGAAACACCCGUUAGUCAGUUGACCCAGACUCAAGCUCCCGAGCCCCAUUUGCCGGGCAUGCCUAGUCCCCACAAGAUCCAACACGGCAGCUUCCUCAACAAACCCAUGUCACCGCGACCCAGCCGCUCACCCGCCAAGAGCCCUGGCUCACCGGGACUUGGCAUGUUGCCAACGUCAGUGAAAAAGAAGCUCAGGCCUCUGGAUGGCUUUGAUGAUGGGGAUUUUGUUGUGAUCAAGUAUUCACCAAAGAAAAAAAUGGUGUUGACAGAACACCAGAAGGAGAUGCUCAAAGAAAAGAGAGCCAUCCCGGCCAUGUACAACAGUCUGGAGCACUCUGUGGACGCCUCCCUCAUGUCAGCACACUUCACCACCGACACUCAGAUGGAUGGCACCCUGAGUGAGACUCCAACACCCAGUGACAGCCAACCAUUCUCAGUGUUUGGUUCUGUCAUCCCACCUUCACAGCCAACACCUGGUACGUCUGAUGAAAUUGAAGAGAAAGGAUCUAAAACUAGAGCGAGGAGCAGAAAGAGAACUGAUGAACCUAAAGAAAAAGUAGAAGAAGGUAACAAAAAGGCAGAAGAAGUCUCAAAAAACAGGCGGUCUGGAAGGAAUAAAAGCCAAGAACAGACAUCUGGUGAACUAGCUGAAAAGCCAACAAAAGAAAACAUAAGGGGCAGAAAGAAGAAAAACGAUAUGAAAGAAUCUUAUGAUGAAAGUAUUGUCUUGAUUGAAGAGAGUGAAGUAAUGGAAAUUGAAACUGAUGAGAACAUCAAAGAAACACCAGGGAUUUUAUCAGAAAAAGAUACAAAAAAAUUGGAUGAAAUAGAUCUGACCAAAGAUUCACAAGUUAAUGAAGAUCAAUCACUUGAAACUCAGCCUCCAGAGUCUUUUGUUGAAGAUAAGCAAGAAAUAAGUGAUCUCAAAGAUAAUCAAAGUGAGAAAAGCAGUGGCCAAAGUUCUGCUGCAAGUUCAGUUCCCCAGAAUGUGUUGGGUAUCAUAACAUACACUCAGCUUUCAUCCAGUAAGUCAAGUAAGGAACAAUCACUGGAGAAUUCCAUGGUCUCGCCUCAGAGUAAAACUGACAGUAAGUCUGAUAAUAAUGCAAGGAAUGAAAACUCUGGCAAUUUGUCAGACGAUGAGCCAUUGUCAAGUUGGAGUAAGAGAUUAUCUCAGUUGAGUCAGUCCCCAAAGGUUUUGUCACCAUGGGGAAAAAUUGUAUCUCAGGAAAGUGCAGUAUCUACUCAGAAAAGGUCCGGCUCUCCUUUAAAAUCGCCCAAAAGAAACAAAAAGAAGCUCAAUGAUGAAAAUGUGGGAAAGGGCGUUUUGGACAAGUGGGUGAUCAGGUCUCCUGGUAAAGGUGUGGAUUUUGGUAAAGCUAUUGAUGUUAUUCCAAAUCUUGCUGAAAUCAUAGUAGCAAAUGUGUCUCAGACAUUAGUAGAAGAAACCCAGUCUCCGUCGAAAUUUUCCAAAUUGAAAGACAAGAAAUCAGAUAAGGCUUCACCAUCCAUAAUGGAAACUCCUCCCAAGAAUAUAUUAGAAAAUAUUUCAGUUAAUUUUGGUCACAGCAAUAGAAAGUUGUUUGGUUCUCAGAACACUAACCAAGACCUGGAUAUUGUUGAAGACUCAAAUAUGGUUCCAGGGUCUCCAGAUGCUAAAACUUAUAAGUUGAAUUCACCCGUUUUGAAAUUAAAGAAGCUGACGAAUGAAGAUAUUCAGCUGUUCACUCCAUCAUUGAGAAAAUUGAAACAAGGGAAUGCUGAGUUUAACGAUAGAACAAAUGAUAGGAAUACUUCUAAAGAUAAAACUUCUGAAGAGAUUGAUGAUUUUUCAUCGUUUAAACCAUUAGAUGAGAAUACAUUACGAUCGGAAAUCAUUGACCUUGAAAAGGUUGAACACCAAGGCAAUGACGGCACACAAAUAACUUUUCCUGGUUCAGAGGCAAUUUUUAGUGAAGAUAUCGAUGCCAGUUAUAAAAAAGAUGCAGAAAUAAGUGAAAAGUCUAGUAAAGAGAAUAAAAAGAUUGUGACAGAAACUGACGAACAUAAAAAUGAAGAUGCUAAUGAGAUGGAAACUGAUGGUGUUGAAGAAUCAGAAUUAGUCACACAAGAAUCCAGUCAAGUGGAAUCACAAGGUGAGAGUGAAGGGAUGAUUUCACAGCCAACUCCAAGUGGAAAAUCAAGGAAGAGAAAGCAAAUAACACCAAAGAAAAUGUCACCAGAAGAUAGAAAAUCUAAAAGAAAGAGUGUUUGUUCACAAAAUAGUGAAUCUGCUGGUUCAGGAAGGAAAAUUGGUGCUAGGGUUAAAAGCAAGAAGAUAAACGGUGAUGAAAACAAUGAGGAAGUGAACAGUCAAGACAAAAGAUGUGAUAAAGACAAUAUUGAUGGGAAAGACAACUCUUCAUUUGAAAACAGUUCAGGAGACAAGAAAGCAGUUGAAAGUAAAAGAAAGAACUUGAGCAGUGAAGAAAACAAAGACGAAGAGAAGGGGAGCCAAGAAAAGAAAUCUAAUACUGAUGCAACAGAUGAAGGGAAAAACUUAAAAUUAGAAAAAGUCUUCCAUGACAAGCAAAACAUUGAUAAGAAAAAAAGGAAGAUGAGCGUUGAAGUUAGCAAGGAAGAAGAGACGGGAAGUAUGGAAAAGAAAUUAGAUACAAGUGAAAAAGAACAAAAUGGAAAAAGCAACAACUCAAAAUAUAAGGAAAAGUCUAAAGCCAAGCAAGAUAAAGCAAAUGAAAAGCCUGAAAAAGACAGUUAUAUAAAACAAGAAGAAAAGAAAACUAAAGAAGUAGAUAAGGAUAAGGCUGGAAUUCAAGAUCGUGGUGAAAAGAGUGGAAAUGAAAAAGUUGGAAAGGGGGUUAGAGCAAAAAAGAAAAAUGAUGAAAAGGAAAGUGAGGAAAAGAAACAAGACAAUCACACAAAUAGAACAAGAUCCAUGAGAAAAGCAAAAGGAAAAGAUAUUGAAAACAGUUCUCAGAAAAAAGGGAAAAAGGCUGACAUUGAAAAUAAACAAGAACAAACUGAACAGGAAUCAAAAGAAAAUGAUGUUGAUAAGAGAUCUCAGAAAAAAGGAAAGAAGGCUGACAUUGGCUAUAAAGUACAAACUGAGCCGGAAUCAAAAGGGAAAACUGACAAAAAGGUUGAAACAUCUCUUAGAAAGGCUAGAAAAAAUUUGAAGAUGUUUUCAGAGCAUACAGCUAGUGAGGAGCCUGAUCUUUCUGCAAAGAAGUCUGAUGAAAAUGAGGGGAACGAAUGUAGUGAACAAAGUAAAGAGUCUGGUUUGCAAGAUGAGGCCAAAGAUUUGGACAAAGAAAUUGCAGUAAUGAAAGAAUCAGCCAAAGAUUCUCUAAAUUCUGAAGAAGUUCUGGCAAAAAAUAUGGAUGUGGAUGAAAUAUCUGAAAGCACUAGUUCCAGAGUAGAACCCGUUGGUGAACAAACACCAGAUUCUAAAACGGUUCAGCUUCCAGAAAGAAGAAGCACUUCAAAACACAAGAAGGAAGUAACCCAAAAACUUCUCAAGAAACGUAUAAUCGAAGAUCACAUUGACCUUGAAACUGCGACAAAGUCUGACGAUGAAUUACCUGCUGUUGUUAAGGAAAAGCCAAACAUUGAUCAAGAGAAACCAGGUGAAAAGGAAAGUGUAAAGAGUGUUGUUAGAAACUUUGUAGGUGAGAGUAUUUCUGACAACGAAACCAUAUCUGACAUUGAAAUUGAUUCAAUGGACGAAACUCCCAAGAAAGCAACUAAAAGUUUGGUACUUGGUGGGUCUAAACUUGUUGCUUAUUCAGAUAGCAAACUCAUUCUUGGUAGCCGAAAAUUCCAGAAGAAGGGAGGUCUUGCCAGAAGAAGCAUCUUGAAGACAAGCUCGCUCAGUGGCGAGGGCGAUCCAAACCAAAUUGAGGGACCCAACUUUCACCCAAUUGUUGUGAGUCAGAUUUAUUCACCCACUGCUUCGCCGAGCGCCAGCAUCCUGAAGCGGAAGCGGUUUGUGGAGGAUCCUGUUGCUGAGACAAACUCUCCUCCAUCAAAGCAGCGUCGCGUUUCCUUUGCCACACCAUUGAUUGAUGUGGACAACAGCCUGUUACCCAGUAGCGGCAGUGAACCAGCUUCCAUUCCAGUGUUGUCUGAACAGAACACAGAUAUUGACAAGACCAAGCAGGUUGGCACUCAGGACGAUUCUGGUACCCAGCUGUCAUCCAAGACAUCGGACUCUCAGCAGACCCAGUCUAGCAUGGGAAGUCCAAGUCAGUCGCAUUACGAGAGCACCCAAGAGUCACAGCUGAACACCAGCGAACCAGUCUACCCGGACCUGGUGCACUGCGACCAGUGUGUCGACAAGAUUCUGCCGCAGUUGACUUCAACAUUCUGGCAUCGUGGUCUGGGUCAACUGGUGAGAGCGCGCAACAUCAGAACCAUCGGCGACCUAGCGUCCAUGUCAGAGACAGACAUCCACAGCCUUCCGAUCCGCACGCCCAAAGUGGACACCGUAAGGGACGUGCUGUCCAAGUUUGCCAAAACACAGAAGUCCUCAAAGGCCAAACUCUGGAACUCUCCUAAGGCAUCAAAAACUGAGCUAGGCACUAAAGGAUUGUCUGAGCCCACUAUGAAGGAAACCAAGGAAGUCGAGGGAACCGAGGAAGUCGAGGGAACCGAGGAUGUCAAGGGAACCGAGGCAGUUGAGAGCACUCAAAUAGACACAACGGUUGAGGAAGCCCCGGUAGAGGCUCCUAGUUCUUCUUCUGACCAGCUCAAGGCCGACUCUUCUGUAGCUUCUGAAUCUGUGUCACAAUUGGAACCGAUCGAGAAAGUCCAUCGACUGAUUGAGGACCUGAAAAAAUUGAAAGAAGGCGAGCGAAAACUUGUGCAGGAGUUCUUUAUGAUGAUGCAUGAUGGGGCCUCCAAGAAAUAAGACAUUUUGUGUACAAAAAAAUUAAUCUUGUUCAUUUCAGUGCUAUUUACAACGUAAAAUAAUAUGCAAAUUAGUUCAAGAAAAUUUUACCUUCUGCUUCAGAUUUUGAAGGAUUCUUAAAGCUUGAUCGGGAGGUCCAGCAUAAUUAGGAAUGAUGAACGUUUCAAAUUUAUAUGUAAAAUGUUUGUGCUUUUCAAAUAUUUGAAAUUUGUGUCAGAUUAUGUCAGAAUCAUGAUAGAUGUGUGUAUGUUAGUGUGAUUUUUUAAUAACUGAAGAGUGUAUGGUUUAGUUUCAUUGAUUAAUUGACCAGUAUUUAUAUGUGUGGAAAAAUACAGAUGAAUGUUAAAAUAGUGAAUUCGGAACUUUUGAUUGACUAUAAUGGUCAUAAAGGGAGGAUUAAGUGUAUGGCAUGUUUUGUGUAUGGAACAGAUACACUGGCAGUAAUGCGUUACAUAGUUGUAUGGUAAAAAUUAAGUUAGAAAUGGAGAAUAUUCAUUGUAGCUUUAUAUAGCCCUAUAAUUGCAAAUAAAAAUCUAUUUGAUAAUCAUGAGGUGAAUGUUAGUAUUUGUAUAUGUUCUGCUUUUGACUGUUGUAUUUUUAUGCCCCAACAAAGUCGGAGGCAUACGCAUUGCACUUGUCCGUAUGAACCCAUGUCGCGUAGUUUGUAAACCCGAUUCAUUUUGAAUGCUUGUUGGAUUUUGAUCACACUUUGACAUCUGCCUAACCAUAAAGGGACUGCUAUUCUAGUAUACAUAUAUUGCUUGCCUGUUCAAUGUAUCUGAAAGCAAUAGUGUGUUUGGGGGUAUCCGAGACACUUCCUGUUAGACUUGUCAUCAGUUAAAAAAAUACUGUACUGUCAGACAACAGUUAAAAAAUAAUUGAGCCUAAUCAGCAUGCAAAAAGUAAUUAUUUUUAACCAGGUUUUCUAUGAAGUUGUAUGAAUUGGGUAUGGAUGGCGGUGGUAAGGCAGGCAGGGGGGUCAAACAUGUGGUUUCUGGUCAAUAACUUAAGUUUACAUUACCAACUUUGAUGAAACUUUGAAGCUUACGUUGAUACCUAGCUUGGGAGGGUUAUUUGUGUGUGGUCUAGCAGUAAGCUACUAAAAACAUUGUCCGUUUCAAUAACCUAAGUUUGGAUGGAGACAUUGCUCUUAAUUUUGUGUGUACAAGUAGCUUACAUAGCAUGUGAUUGCUCUGUUGGGGGAUUGUCAGGUUUCUCAAAAUACAAAAAUAAACACGCAGGUGGCCUGGUCAAUAAAUGGAACUGGAAUGGAUCAAUCUAAAUGAAACUUACAAUAAGCAAGCAUGCAUAUUGACCUAGCAUUGGAUUGUAUUUAGCUCGGGUUCGGUUAAGGUAAAAAAUUAAGGUCACUGUUACUAAAAAAUAGCUUAAGCUUAAUCAAUUCAGUUAGGAUAUAGGCAUUGCACUGGAAUUAUGUUUGUAUGUAGCUUGAAUGCUGACCAAGCUUGAGUUUAUUUUGGGCCAGUUUGGCAAGGUCAAUGUUACUAAAAAUAUAGAAAAUAAUAAUGGUAUCCUCUCAAUAACUUGCGAUUAACUCUUUGCAUGCUGGGUAAUUUGUCGUCUGCUAAAAUGUCGUCUGCUGAAUGUCUAAAAUUAGCAUUUUCUUCAAAAAAAAAUCAAAGAAUACUAUCAGAAUAGCAAACAGUUUGGAUCCAGAUGAGACGCCACGUUCUGUGGCGUCUCAUCUGGAUCCAAACUGUUUGCAAAGGCCUUCAAAAUUCGGUUCCAGCGCUUAAAGGGUUAAAUAGAGAUGUUGUGUGGAAAUACCUUUCCUGUUUAC